AUGGCUCUGCCUGCAGAAAGCACCCUGACGUGGGAUGAGCAACUAAUGAGAGACCCUUCCCCUCCUCCUCACCCUGGAGACAGGGCUCGCCUGCUGGAAGAGCGGCUGUCCAGCCAGGAGAGGACCACGGCUUUACUCCUCCAUCAGGCUUUCCGAAUCAAAGACGACAUCGCCUCCUACCUCCAGGGAAGCAACGGUUAUCAGCACGGGGAGACUGCUGCCCGGCGGCUGCUGGAAAGCCACAUCCACACCAUUACGAGCAUCGUUAAGAAGCUCAGUCAGGACGUUGAGGCUUUGGAGAGGCAAAUAAGAACAAGGGACGGUGCCGCAGUAGAAACUAAUUUUGCUGUUCGCAGUCUGGACCAUAAAUACAUCCAGGGUCUUGGAGACCUGCGUGGAAGAGUGGCGAGAUGCGAGGCAAGCAUUGCAAAGCUGUCGGGGGACAUCAGUAUUAUCAGGCGUGAGGCCCAGAAGACUGAUAAAGAGAUUUAUGACCUUCGCUCUGCCCUCAAAAAUUUUGUUGGUGAUUUUGAGAGGAAGGUAAUGCAGCUAUUAGGCAAGAUAGAGACUUCCAGCUCUGAUCAAAGCUCGCAUUUAAAGACAGUCCAGGGAGAUCAACAACAUCAGUUGCAACUUCUGGAUUUCAAGCUGACAAGUAUUCUAAGUGACUUCAGGGAUCAGAUACAGACCCAUCGGAAAUGGACAGAAGCGCAGCUGACGCGGUCUGAAGCAGAUCAAGCCCAGCACCAGCAUCAGCUCCUAAACUCGGUGAAGGAGAGGCUGGAAAGAGCAGAAAAAAGAGUAGAAGAAAAUCUCCUACUUCUGUCAGUAAAGCUAGAGCGAAUGGAUAAACCGCAGAAAUACGAAAAGCAGUUGAACCAGAUGAAAAGUGAUGAAAAAAACCUACACGCAAGAAUCACCAGAUUUGAAAGACAGAUCUUGAAGGAGCUUGAGGAAAUCCAAAAUGAAUACAGAUCAGGAUUUCAAUCCGUUCAUGAAUCUCUGGAGCUGCUCAAAGAAAUACAGAACGCAAAGCUGAAACUAGAGAAGAAGAAAAUUCAGAAAGACAUGAAAAAGAGACGAUGAAAGCCACCUCCCAGAAGGCCGAACACCCGGCGCGAGCCUUGGCCACUCUGGUAGUGCUCUCUCCAGCGAGGAGCAGCUUUGGGUUAAAGACAGAAGUGGCUUUAGACAGACCUGAUUUUGCUCUCCCUUGUCCCUGAAGGACGUUACUGCUACUUACAAUACUGUGCAGCCACAAAAAUAACAGCUCUGUAACACCAGCACCACACCAGUUUUACAACAGGAUACUUCACUGUAGAAGAAUAGUUAAACUUUAAGGAUUGACUUAAAAUUUUACAAGCAGAUUUCAUACAGAAGUAUUGGUAUU